UGAAGCCGCCCUGGCUGCGAGCGCCCGGCGCCGCCGCCCCGGCCCCGCUCCCGGCGCCGCUCCCGGCCCCGCCAUGACGCCAGAUCUCCUCAAUUUCAAGAAGGGAUGGAUGUCUAUCCUGGAUGAGCCAGGAGAGUGGAAGAAACAUUGGUUCGUGCUGACUGACUCAAGCCUGAGGUAUUACAGGGACUCUAAUGCUGAGGAGGCUGAUGACCUCGAUGGCGAAAUCGACCUCCGUUCCUGCACAGAUGUGACUGAAUUUGCAGUACAACGCAACUAUGGCUUCCAGAUACAUACAAAAGAUGCCAUCUUCACUCUGUCAGCAAUGACUUCAGGCAUCCGGCGGAACUGGAUUGAAGCACUGAGGAAGAACGUUCGCCCAGUCAGCGCUCCAGAUGUCACCAAGCUCUCCGACUGCAAUAAGGAAAACUCAUUCCGAAACUACGUCACUCAGAAGAGCUCGCUCAGGACAGAGGAGCAGCAGCGGCCAGGCUCGGGCUCUGAGCAGGGCCCUGUGAAUCAGGGGUCACCACAGAGGACAAGAGGGAGUUUGAGGGUCUCUGACAGAACUCCCAAGCAUGAGGAUCUGGAGCGGGAUCACGCCGUCCGUUCAGAGGAGAGGCGGAAGUGGUUUGAGACCCCUGAUGGUGGGGUCCCACAUAGUGAUGGCCCAAUAGGGGACUCUUCCCGCAAGGUGGGAGAGCAGGAUGUCCCCACUUCCCCACUUUCAGAGGACCAGCGGGUUCGGCUGAGCGAGGAGAUAGAGAAGAAGUGGCUGGAGCUAGAACGUCUGCCUUUGAAGGACUCACGGCGGGUGCCCUUGACGGCACUGCUGAACCAGAGCAAGGGGAGCCAUGGAGAGACCAAUGAAGCACUGAAGAAGGAGGUCCAGUCCCUGCGGGCACAGCUGGAAUCCUGCCGGGCCCGAAAUGAGAGCCUUCGGGAUGCGACCAAAUCUCAGGCAGACGGCCACGUGCCCCGGGGAUACAUCUCGCAGGAGGCCUGUGAACGCAGCCUGGCCGAGAUGGAGUCGUCCCACCAGCAAGUGAUGGAGGAGCUCCAGAGGCACCAUCAGCGGGAGCUGGAGCGGCUGCGGCAGGAAAAGGAGCGGCUCCUCGCAGAGGAGGCUGCAGCGACAGCAGCAGCCAUCGAAGCACUGAAGAAAGCCCAUCGGGAGGAGAUGAAUAAGGAGCUGGGCAGGACACGCAGCUUUCAGCAGGGCGGCGCAGGCUCAGAUGCCCUCCAGAAGCAGCAUCAGUUGGACGUGGAUUCCUUGAAGCGGGAGCUGCAGGUCCUUUCAGAGCAGUACUCCCAGAAAUGCCUGGAAAUCGGGGAGCUCACAGAGAAGGCAGAAGAGCGGGAGCACACACUGCAGCGCUGUCAGCAAGAAGGGAAGGCGCUCCUCCGGCAGAACCAGGAGCUGCAGACCCGCCUCUCGGAGGAGAUUGGGAAAUUGCGAAGCUUUAUUUCGUCACGGGGCUCCGGGUCUCCAAACAAUAACGAGCGGAGCUCCUGCGAGCUGGAGGUACUGCUGCGAGUGAAAGAGAACGAGCUCCAGUACCUAAAGAAAGAGGUUCAGUGUCUCCGGGAGGAGCUUCAGAUGAUGCAAAAGGAUAAGAGAUUCGCCUCAGGGAAAUACCAGGAUGUCUAUGCGGAGCUGAAUCACAUUAAGGUGCGUUCGGAGCGGGAAAUUGAACAGCUGAAGGAGCAUCUGCGCCUGGCCAUGGCAGCCCUGGAAGAGAAGGAGUCCCUGUGCAACAGCAUCAGCAAAUAACGGUCUGCUCUUCAUUUGUUUAUCUGUUCUUGUUUUUUAUUUGCUUCAUUCUUCACUUACGGGGAGGGAGAGGUUGAAUCCCAUCCAUUAUCGCCUUGGCAAAAAAUCUCCCUUCCCCAUGCAGCCUCCUCACUCCCCUCCCAAAGCUUUUGAUGAAGCCCUUCCAAACCCCUUUUGCCUGCAUAUCUGAGCACAUUGUUUGGACUGGCUCCUUACAUGCACCUUCUUCAGGAUUUUAUAUGUGAAAAAAUAUAUUUUAUAGAGGAUUUCCUUUUCCUGGGAAGAGGGAGCAUGGGGGAGGGAAAAUUUUUUUCAUCAGCAGCAUCUUCUAACAUGAAAAGGAGAAUCUGUUUUCCCUCCUUCCCAGCCGCAUUCCUCUUGGCCGCACAGCCACCUUUGGCAGGUCCUAUUUCCUUCUAAAUGUCUCUGAGGCCUCAUUGGGAUAUACUGCAAGGACAGUGCUCCCCCCACACCUUCACCAGGGACCUGCAGACAAGACAGACAAGCCAUAGGAGGGAGCUAAUGGGCAGUCUGCCAUGGAUGUGCUUCAAAAGAGGAGACCUUGGCAAAAGGCUGCAUGAUGAAGCUCUCUCGGUGACUGUCCUUUGGCUUCUUCAAGAACUGAAUUGGCCGGAGCCUGGAGCUGCGGGGGCCUUCUUUCAGCUGCCCUGCUUCAGGACAGGGGAGAUCAUGUCCUUUCCAGGGAACAGGAGCCGUGAGGUGGUUACUGCCCCCAACGGAGCCAGCUCUUGAAGGUGGCAGCUGCUGCUCUGCUGUGCAGUUCAACUUUUAACUUAAUAAAAUCUUCUCAUUUCACUGAGAAAAA